AUGCGGCGGCUCAUCUGGAGCUCGUUCACGGUGGACACGUUUGUGUCGCUGAUGCUGCACCAGGCACCCAAUGUCCUGGUGGACCUGAGCGGGGUCAACCGGCCCGUGCGCGCCGUCCAUGUGCGGAUCAAACAAGCAAAGCUGGACGGCAUCCGGUGGCACGUCAACGGCAGCAUCGUGCAGGUCAACUUUGCCGUGAUCGGCAACGCGGUCCUGCGCACGAUCAACGACCCGAACGCGUCGGUAGAGGACAUGGACAAGCUGGUGCUGACGACAUUUGAGUCACUGACCGAGUGGCUGGCAGCAGUGCCGGAGAUGCCAGCCAAUGUGACGGCCGAGGAGAUCCAGCACACGAAUGCUGAUAUCGUCGGCCGCGCUGUGCAUGAAGUCGGUGGUGUCGCCGCAACCAGCGUGCUGCCGCCGCAGAUGUGCAACGGCGAGACGCGCGAGCGGAUGCUAGCCGACUACAUCAGCAAUGCCUGCCGGCUGUGCCGACAGAUGCGGCUGGUGACGGACCUGCUGGAGAACGAGACGCCGCCCAUGUUCAUCUCGUAUGCGCUGAUGCUGGCCGGCGGCAUAGCGGCAGCAUGCGCCCACUCGGCGCCGACGCGGGCGCUGCGCGAGAGCUUUGCGCAGACCACGGCGUUCAUCAAGCGCAUGUGCAAGAGCUGCGGGACAAAGUCGCUUCUGUUUGCACAGGCGUGGGAGGAGAUUGUCCAGGUCGAGGAAAUGGUGACGUUUAUGCCGAAGCGCCUGGAGAAAUCCCAGCUGCUGACCAUGCGCGACCUGCUUGUGCCCGGGUCCAUCGAGGCGGUUGUUGACAAAAAGUUCACCGUGUUCCUGCACCCCAUCCGCCACAUCGCCAAUAUGCCGCCAGCCGCCAACUCGGUCUUUGACGACCAGCCCAGCGAGCCGCGCACGCGCCCGCACGGCGGCAUCCCGCUGACCAGCAACCUCUGCGCCAUCUUUGGCAGCAAGCCGGUGGGCGCCAAGAUCAAGCGCACGGCGUCGAUGGAGGCUGCUACUGCGCGCAGCCACCAGCGCCAGGUCCCAGAAUACAAGAUGACGUAUACGUCCAUCUCCAGCAUCCUGGUAUCGCUGGUCGUGGCCACCAUGGACGAGGAGUUCUUUGCCUUUUUGCCCGAGCUCGGUGCCAGCGAGCAGAUGCAGGUCCGUGUGCAGCUGUCGUCUGCGAGCACCGAGGGCAGCCUGGCGGGGACACGUCGACACUAUGCGCAUCCACUCCAUGUCGCCGCCCAUGACGCAGCUGUCGCAGUCAUUGCCGCCCUUGCAUCACGCCGUGCAUUCGCCGCCGCUGCCGACUGCCUCGCGCCAGUCCGCCCAAACCCCGACCGAGGCCCCGCAAUCUCCGGCCCCCGCCACACACCAUCAUCAGUCGCCGCCACCGCCACAAUCGCCGGAGGAAUGUUCUCCCGCCGCGAAGCACGGCUCGGGUAG